AAGCAUAAGCUGCUGAUGGGGAAAUCCCCAAAUCAUGCUAUAAAGAGGCUUCCCUCUCUGAUCUUCAUCCCAUCUGAGGAAGCAGAGAAGAUGAAGCUCAUCAGUGCAGCCAAGCUGCUGUUUCUUCUGCAAAGCACAGUUGCCAGUGAAAGCACGGUAAAUGGGGUUACAGCUUCUCAACCAGCUGACAUAACUCACAGAUAUCUAGAGGCAAGCAGUCACUUAGAGCCAUUUGCCAAUGUGACCGGAUCUUUGGAUGACCAUGGAGUAUGCCAGUGCUCUGUCUACCUGCCAGAUAACACAUUUCCUGUGCAGAGGAUGGAAAGGCUUGAAAUCUUAGCUCAAGAGCUCUCAGUGAAAUUCGACAGUGAGCUUUCCAAAGUUAGCCAGUAUACCAGAGAAAUUGAAGUGUACGAGAGAAGAAUUCUAAACCUAACCAAGAAGAUUGAGUACUUGGAGAAGACCAGUGUUUCUUAUACAGAACUGGACUUCCAGAUGAUAAAAUUGGAAAUCAGUGAAAUGGAGAGACUGGUCAUUCAGCUGAAAACGACACUAACUGGGAGCAAUGUGAUUGUCGAGCAAUUAUAUGAAGAGAUUAAGAAUUUGAGUCUCAUGGUGAAUAAGCUGGAAUCGCUGGACAAGAAUAACAUCCUUGCAGUCCGCCGAGAAAUGGUGGCUCUGCAGAAGAAAUUGCAAGAGUGUGAAGCAAAUAGAAACCAGAGUACAAACACCCACCACUUCCUACCUGGAAACUGCGGUCAUGGCACAAUUCUGAACAUCAGCCAGCCCUAUCUGAUUCAAUUGAACUGGAGGGGAUUUGACUACAAAUAUGGUACCUGGGGAAGAUAUUCCUCUCCCCUCACUCCUGAAAAAGAACUCUACUGGGUUGCACCACUGAAUACUGAUGGAAGAUACUUGGAAUAUUACAGACUUUAUGAUUCCUAUGAUGAUUUAUUGCUUUUCAAACAGAAAGGGCAAUACAGAAUUGUGUAUGGUGAGGGUAGUGGUACAACUGUUUACAAUAAUUAUAUGUAUUUUAAUCAACAUAGUUCAGGAAAUAUAGCUAAGCUAGAUUUAAGCACAAACACUGUGGUGCUGAGGAAACUUCUUCCAAAUGCUGCUUUUAACAAUCGCUUUUCAUAUGCAGGUGUGUCAUGGCAAGACAUGGAUUUUGCUGUGGAUGAGAGUGGGUUGUGGGUCAUUUACUCAACGGAAGCCAGCACAGGCAAUAUUGUGAUCAGCAAGCUUAAUGAAACAUCGCUUGAUGUGCUUGAUACAUGGGAAACAAAACAAUACAAGCCAUCAGUGUCCAAUGCUUUCAUUAUAUGUGGGGUGCUAUAUGCCACGAGGCCUGUCAAUACUAGAAAAGAAGAGAUCUUUUAUACUUACGAUACAAACACUGGAAAGGAAGGCAGGAUAAGUGUGAUUAUUGACAAAAUGUUAGAAACAGUUCAGAGUCUUGACUACAGCCCUAUAGAUAGGAAUCUUUAUAUGUUCAAUAAUGGCUACCUUGUUCGAUAUAGCCUGACUUUCCAACCUCUUUCACUGGUAUAAUUUUUCACAGAUGCUUAAAACUAGAGUGGGGUGCAAGGGACGGGGGAGCCAGACAUUCCGUCCUUUUGUAAAUUACCGGCUGACCACAAUGGUGCUACAUUUGUUGGGGAAGAAUUAAUAUCCAUCAUGGCGUGUGGUUUUUAUUUGUGAUAAUGACACUUUUAAAAUUUGGUGAUUUCGACAGAACUUUAAGUUUUAUAUUUCCAGUGGGAAUAUAAAACGUCUUGAGUUUAGGUAAAGUGGGAUAUUCAGCACGGGUUAUAAUCUGUCUAGAUCACCUUCUUUAUGGGCUAUGUGUAUAUUUACUGCUAGAUAAAAAAAAUCUAUUGUUUUUUUAAUUGAGAACAAAGGAAAAUGUAAACACACCCUUUACAGAAUAAAUGCAAGUUUGCUGUGCGGGUUUAACACUCCUUUAAGGCAACACAUCUGAUAUCACAUUUCUCUAAUCCUCUGUAAAUCAUUGCUGAGGGAAAGUCCACAAUUGGAGGUGUAUGUUUGUGUAUGUGUGUGUGAAUAAAUGUGUAUGUCACCAGAAA